UCCCGUCCCUCUCCCCCUGCCCCGCCCCCGCCGAUGGGCCGGCCCGGCUCUCCCUGCAGAGAAAUGGGCCGGCCCGGCGGCGCGCGGGCAUCAGCGGCGGCGGCCCAAGAUGGCGGAGCUGCAACUGGACCCGGCAAUGGCGGGGCUGGGAGUGGGUGGAGGGAGUGGGGUGGGCGACGGGAGUGGACCGGGUCGCGGGCCCCCCAGCCCUCGCCCGGCUGGCCCCACGCCCCGCGGGCACAGCCGCCCGCUCGCCGCCAUCGCGCAGCCACUGGAGCCGGGUCCGGGACCUCCAGAGCGGGCCGGGGUCGGCGGUGCGGCCCGCUGGGUCCGGCUGAACGUGGGCGGCACCUACUUCGUGACCACCAGGCAGACCUUAGGCCGGGAGCCCAAGUCUUUCCUCUGCCGCCUCUGCUGCCAGGAGGACCCGGAGCUGGACUCGGACAAGGAUGAGACAGGAGCCUAUCUGAUUGACAGAGACCCCACCUACUUUGGUCCUAUCCUAAACUACCUCCGCCAUGGGAAACUCAUCAUUACUAAGGAGUUGGCAGAAGAAGGUGUGCUGGAAGAAGCAGAAUUUUACAAUAUUGCAUCUCUUGUGCGGCUGGUUAAGGAAAGGAUACGAGACAAUGAGAACAGAACUUCACAAGGCCCUGUGAAGCAUGUGUACAGAGUCCUGCAGUGUCAAGAAGAAGAGCUCACACAGAUGGUCUCCACCAUGUCUGACGGCUGGAAAUUCGAGCAGCUAAUCAGCAUUGGAUCCUCCUAUAACUAUGGAAAUGAAGAUCAAGCAGAAUUCCUCUGUGUCGUCUCCAGAGAACUAAUAAUUCUACCAACGGCAUUGUAUAGAAACCGAGCGAAAAGGCAAAGAUUCUUCAGGAGAGAGGAUCUCGGAUGUAAGCAGAAUCUAAAAUUCUAGAAUCCUGAAGGGCAAGAGAGCGAUCCAGCAGAACAGCUCCGUGAAGUCUUCACCUGUACAGUAACUAAGCUACUGCAAAGCAAAGAUGAGCCUGGCCCCCCCGGUGAAGAAGCAUCUGGUCAAAACCAAAGGAUUCCCCACCCCACCCUCAGGACUCCAAACACAGAUGCACCUCUGGCCGCAGAUCAGCUUUUCUGAAACCUGCUUUUGUUCUCUUAGCCAGUGUUCUGAUAGACUGUGCAACAGCAGCUGGGCUGGGUCCCCAGUUGGAGCGUUUUGGGGAUCUGGGAGAAGGGGAUGAAGGCCAGCUCCUUGGAAAUGGCCUGAAAGUCAAGGAAGCAGGAGCACAGGAAGGAGGAUUAACCCAAACUGUACCUGGCCUCACCCUGAGUGUGCCAUGUUGGAUGUUGGCAGCUGCCUCAGACCAUUCCCCCCUCCAAGGCACCUGUGGAGGCAUGCAGGAGAUGCAAAGGGCUCCAGCUUCAGUGUGCUCAAAUGAGGUUUUGGAGAGAGAAUUAGCUGGAGGAUCCACAUUCCUAGGAACAGAACCUCCCAAGGCAGGGAAGGGUAGUGGUCACCUCUGUCGGUUUGGAGCAUUUCCUGCCUGGUGUGUCCCCAGCAGCUUGGCCCCACACUGCCUACCUUCUCCUAGAAGGUUGUUUGCCACACUGGUAUCCUUAAUGGUGUUGGGCAGACAGAGGAGCUAGGCAGUUGGCAUGACUGCUUCUGCAGCCUUUUCUUACCCCAUUGACCCUGUCUUCCUUCCCCAGCUUUGUAAACUGGACCAAAGAGAAAGUACUUUGUGCACCUUCUGGUGGCUUGGGGCGAGGAAGGCUGUUUCUGUGGAAGUUGCAAAAUGUAUCCUGUUGUAGUUAAAGUGUUUUUGUGAUUUUUCUCUUGAAAAUGCCCUGAUUGAUGGGCAACACUUGUGUCUCCUUGGUUUCUAACCUUGACAAUCCUGCCCUGCAGGACCGUCAGUGACUGCAGCAGCCCCAGCAGUGUGUGUGUGUGUGUGUGUGCACGUGCACGUGAAAGCAGUCUGAGGACUCCCUGCAACUCUGACUCCCAUCUCUCUUCAUGGGGAGCACCGUGUGGGGAGGACUCAGUGUUUAACUGACCAGGGUUCUGUAAACACAGAGCUUGUGUCUUCACUUCCUCUUUGAGCUUUUAAAGUCUCCAUGAGCAGUCAUUUUCCCUAGACACCUUCCAGCAGUGUGGCACAUGUGUGGAGCAGGGGAAGCUGCCACAGGAACGAUCUCUGUAAAAGCCCCCCUCAGGCCCAGUGCCUCUUAGCCUUCAAUGCCAGGGUUCUCUGCACUCCCCAGCUCAGCUGCUCACCAGAGCUUGAGGGUAGUGAUUUCUGGAAAGAUUGUCCACUCUGCCAGAUUUGAGCAUAUGACUUACCAGGGCUAAACUUGUCUCCAGGAUUCUUGCUCUUUCUUUCUCUGUAUCUGUAGAGUAGCAUAGAAAUAUGUGUCUGUGCAGGAUCCCUGCUGGCACCUGUGUGUCCACACUAGUGGAGGUACCUGUGGCACCUCAGAAGUCUUGACUGUACCAGUAUUUUUACACCUGCAGGAAAAUCAGUCACCCCUUCCAAGGGGACACAGGCAUCCAUCCAGUUGUAUCUUUUACUUGAUGUAAUCAAGUAAAAGUAAGGAGAGCAGGAAUAGCACAGCCCCUGCCUCAGGCCUUUGGGCAAACUGAGCAUGUAUGCCAGACUAGGAAGUGCUCCGGACCUUGUGCCCACAUGCCCUUGUAUAGGCCCUUUGUCCUUCUGCCUCCCUGGGACACAGCUGAUAAGCUCCCAGCAGGGCUCUGGGUAGAGCCAGAGCCUCAAGUCCCAAUCCCAAUUCUACCACCAAGUUCAGCAAAAAAGGAGCAAGGAGAGCAGACAGGCACGUUCCUCAUGGAUACACUGCUACUGUCAGUUAACUCCGAAUUCCACAGCUGAUCCUGUACAGAGUGCCGCGAGCACUAGUCUCUAGAUGGCCGUAUUGAAGUUUCCCUCCCCACUGCAGCCCAGUGUUGGUUGAACUGUCCUGUGCUCCAGGCAUUUGGGGUGACUCCUUAAGGUUUCUGGGGAGUAUUUUACUCAAGCGCUUUGAACCAGACCCGUGUUCUUGCUUGAAAGCUUCCCGGGAGAGUCUGACUGAUCGAGGCAGAGAGAGGAGGCAUGCCCAUUGGUUUGGGGGUGUCACAUGACCAGUGACCCACAGUCUCUGCUUCCUCCCAGGACUGCCAAGUGGGAGUGUCUUUCUGCCUUUUUGUCUACCCCAGGUCUGGGCCUUGGGAGAUGCCAGCUGGGCCCAGGAGCACCAUCAUCUCCUAAGCACUGAAGUAGCACCCCUCUGACUUUUCUUCAGAACCUUGGUGGUGAGUGGGCCCAGCCUCCCUUCAUCUCCGUACAGGCAACUGCUUUGGGGUGUCAGCAAGGUGUGGGGAGAAAGCAAUAGAGAUGUUGAAAGAGGAAAGCUAAAGGGACACCCACACCCUCUAGCAUGGUCUUUGAACCAGACCUUUGGAAUCAUGCCUGUCACUAUUGGGUGCCCUUGUUAUUGUUCAUGUGUCUGAUUGAACAAAGUCUGCAAUGCUGUGACUUUUUUUUGUCAAUAAAGAUGUG